AUGCAUGAUGCCUCGCCAUCAUCGCCAUCCCAGACAGCCUGCCCCGUCCGAUCCACUGACUCCCCAUUCUACAUUCCUCCAUCCACACAGCCUGCCGCUGCUCCUUCCGCUCUUCCCGCUGAGGAGCAUCAAUCGACCUUCUCACGACUAAACCCUCUUAAUUAUAUGUUUUCAAGCAUCUCACAAGCCCGCGCCGCGAACCAGACGGUAGACCUGCCCGUCGACCGCGAACCGUCCUCGAUCCCGCGCGCCAGCGGCGAGGGCGGCAACUGGGAGUACCCCUCGCCGCAGCAGAUGUACAACGCGAUGCUGCGGAAGGGAUACACCGACACGCCGCAGGACGCGGUGGAGUCGAUGGUCGCGGUGCACAAUUUCCUGAACGAGGGCGCGUGGAAUGAGAUCGUGCAGUGGGAGAGCACGUUCGCCCGCGGCCUGAAGAGCGGGUGGGAGAAAUGUCGGCGCGGAUCGGAGAAUUUGGAACUGGCGUUGGAGAGGGAGAGGGUGGCCGGCAGCGGCUCGAUUGAGCAGCCGAAGCUGGUCAAGUUCAUGGGGCGGCCGCAGGAGCGGACGCCCAAGGCGUCGAUGCUGCAGGUGUUGGCCUGGAUGCAUCCGGCAAAAUUCGGAACUCCGCCGCCGUUCGAUCGCCACGACUGGUAUGUCCUGCGACAGACGUCAUCAGGGCCCAAGGAAGUCCGCUACGUUAUUGAUUUCUACUCCGGCGAACCCGAGCCAACGGGCGAACCGGUCUUCUAUCUCGAUAUCCGGCCCGCGCUUGACACACCCACCGCUGCUGUUGAGCGCCUGAUGAAAUGGGGCGGAGAUGUGUGGUGGAAGGCUAGCGGGGGGUCCGUACGAGACCCCAGUUAG